ACCCCCCUGCACUGACCCCCGAGCUCCGAGCUUCUCACGCGUCUUCGCCUAAAAAUUGCCCCGAAGCGCGUAAAGCUUUUUUUCCUUUAUCGCCCAGCUCCUGGUCCACCCGGUUCCCCCCAACGUCAUUCGAGACCCUUCCGAACGCCGAGACCUUGCGUGCCCUCCCCGUCGCCGACUGACUCCCGCCCCGACACGGCGACGCCCCGACACGGCGACCCGAGAUGAAACGAUGUACGGCAGUUCGGCCCCUUCUGCGUCCUGCAGGCAGCGCACCGACACAGUUCUGUCAAUGCCGGCAAAAGUCAGAUGGCUUUCCCGAGAAGCCGUCACCAUUCUUCAGAAGGCACGAGUUCGCUCGCAGGACGGAGAAGGGCCUUAGGGGGUACGAUCAGAAGCUGAAAGUCGACUCGAUGAACAAGACGAUCGGGACGUCGGUGGGCGACCUGCCCAUCUCGCCCGUGAUGGAUCCUCGGUGGAUGGAGGCCCGGACGAGGUAUAAGACUCCGAAGCCCAGGCGGCCUAAGGACGUGCUACCUGCGGGCCGGUUUCGUAAGAAGCUUGAGGCGAAUCCAUAUGCCCUCGCCCUUUCGACUCCUGUCAGACUAUGCCCAAUCACUGACGUCCGUCUACCGAAAUACUUCCUACAAGAGUUCAAGGCGAUUGAGAACCCGGAAACAAAGAGCUUCUGGUGGACACCCGGUGACUUGGAUGUGAUGUACGCCGCAAAGGAUUGGGAAAGGGACGAUGAACCACACGAAGAUGACGUUCCCUCAGAACCGCAAAUCCCGGCAGAGACCCCCGUUGCGCAACAAAAGGCUACGCAGAAACUCCUGAGACGGUCUCCGGCCUGCUAUAUGCUCGCGAGGAGACCCCUCCUCAAGUCCAUCAGCGGGACCAAGAAAAAGGGCCUCUACGGCGAAAAAUGGAAGGCCCUGCUGUCCAGGCGGGGGGGCUCCCUCACACAGCGCAUUGCCAAGAGACAGGUAUGGCGGGAGGACAUGGAUGACUUCGUCCUCGACAACAUGCGCCGGAACGUCAUGAAGUACCUUGUCUACUUCGCCGAGCUCCGUGCGGGGCAGGACCACCGGUCGUACCUCCUGCGCCUCGGGAGCUGGGACAGGGCCGCGACGAUACCGCAGCGAGGGUGUCUGCUGUGGUACUACGCGGAGAACGGGCCCCAGAGGCUGGGCGCGGCGACCAGGCCAGAUGGGGGCGACAACGCCGCCGCCGCCGCCGCCACGGCGCUGGAGCCAUUCUCCACGUACGACGUGCCGAAGGCCAAGUACGAGAAGAAGUUGCCGGUCUACGACCUCGGGUGGCUGCUGGGCGAGGACCACCUGGCGAAGCUGCGAGAGAUCCCAAUGUUCCGCGACAGCUCGCUGUUCCUCUUGCGCAAGCAGCGCUCAAUACCCCUCCAGCUCUAUCUGUGGAAGCUGCAGGCGUACCUGGCCGAGUACGACGCGCCCGAGGUCACGCACGUGCCUGAGUCCGAAUCUGCGGGUGAUCAUACCUCAUCGACUGGCGAAAAGCAAUCACGGGGUUCGAGUCAUGAGAACGACGCUGCUACGCUAGCGCUCCCGGAACGUGAAGGCCGGAAGGACUCGCGGGAGCUGGAACAUAAGGAAGCCGACGUCGGCCUCGCCGGUUCAGGGCCGGAAAGACCCGAAGAAAGCGUGACAAUCGCAAGCCGGCCAUAAGAAGCACUGGACGACAGAAGUGUCUUCGUCUGAACCGCAUGUUUCAGGUCGCCAAGGACUCUAAGUAGUCAUUCCUUCCAAACACAGUGGCGGGACCUGUGUGAACUGUGUAUACUCUGUGUGAACCCGCUUCUAAUGGGAGGUUUUGGUGGCUAGGAGUAGCUUACCUGAUAAGAGGCGAUGGAUGCGUUUAGCAAGAAGACAUCGCCAUGGUUGAUGAUCUUUUCUUCGUGUUAGAUACCCGGAAAUAAUCGCGCUGCGUUGGCAACUCGCUGUCACAAAAACACAAUCCCCCAUCAGCAUUGCGUUUGUUGUACGUCUUCCUCGGUAGCAGAUACACACGCAAAAACAAAAGACAUACAACACCAAGGAUUCGCUGGUCGUCACCGACCCAACUACUAGUUUGGCCCUCACCGGCUUGUCUAUGGGAGAGCGGACGGGAUCCCGAAUUCUCCGGUGGGUAUGGUCGUAUGUGGU